AUGAGUAUGAUAUUUUCGUGGAGGAGGAGGAGAGCCGGCCGUGGCCGUGCCGGAAAGGAUGAGUUUCCGGAUAUGGAACUCUCCAUUCCGACUCAUUUUCGCUGCCCAAUUUCGCUCGAUCUAAUGAAAGAUCCAGUUACAAUGUGUACUGGGAUAACGUAUGAUCGAGGAAGUAUUGAGAAGUGGAUUAAUGCCGGGAAUAAUACGUGCCCGGUGACGAAUCAAGUGCUAAGGAGCUUUGAUCAAAUCCCAAAUCAUGCCAUAAGGAAGAUGAUACAAGAUUGGUGUGUGGAGAACAAAUCUUAUGGAAUUGAAAGAAUACCAACUCCUCGAAUUCCGAUCACCCCAUGCGAUGUUUCAGAGAUUUGCUCAAGGAUAGAGGCUGCAGCGCAGCGUCAAGAUGCGAAAAAGUGCCUAGAUUUGCUUAAAAAGAUGAAGAAUUUGGCCAAAGAAAGUGAACGUAACAAGCGUUGCAUUGUGCAGAAUGGAGCUGGUUGUGCAUUGGCAGCUUGUUUCGAGCUUUUCGCGAGUUUUUCGAUAGAAGAAUACACUGACUUUUUGAAGGAAAUUUUGUCUGCACUCACAUGGACAUUCCCACUAGGCGAUAAAGGCAAAUCUAAGCUGGGAUCAGCAAUCUCUCUACGCUGUAUUGCAUUGUUUUUGAAAGGAGAUGACCUUUCUUCAAGAAAACAUGCAGUUCUAGUCUUGAAAGAACUGAUUUCUGAAGAUCAAGAUUUUGUCAACAGCCUCAUGGAAAUUGAAGGCAUUGUGGAAGCAUUAUUUCAGAUUGUGAAAGUACCAAUUUGCCCUACAGCUACAAAGGCAAGUCUAGUGGUUCUCUACCGCAUGACUUUAUCAGAAAACAGUGAAAUGAUCACAUUAAAGUUUGUGGACAUGGGUUUAAUUCCUUGCAUUCUUGAAAUCCUUGUUGAUGGCGAUAAAAGCAUUUGUGAGAAGGCUCUAGGCAUUUUGGACAGUAUUUCAAGCCGGGAUCAAGGAAGAGAAGGUAUGUACGAGAACGCGCUAACCAUGCCGUUACUCAUAAAGAAGAUCUUGCGUGUAUCAGAUAUGGCAACACGGUUUGUGGUUUCGAUCCUAUGGAAACUAUGCAUGGGGGAGAAUGAAAAUGCUGUGGUUGAGGCAAUGCAACUUGGGGCUUUCGAAAAAUUAUUGGUUGUAUUACAAGUUGGUUGUGGGGAAAGAACAAAAUCAAAGGUUACUGAAUUAUUGAAAUUGAUGAAUCUUUACAAAGAUGAGCUUGAUUGUUUUGCUUCAUCUGCGAGAUUCAAAUUUCUCAAACGACCCAAUUAG